AUGAACGCUAUUAAAGCGCUUAUUGUACUAACUUUAAACGUUUUUAGAACUUCAGACGUCAUAGAAGAACAGUUAAAAACUGUAGAGAGUGAAUACGAUUUCAUUAUAAUUGGGGGAGGAUCGGCAGGUUGUGUUUUAGCAAAUCGUCUUUCCAAAGAUCCUGGUAAUAAAGUAUUAGUUUUGGAAGCUGGAAGUGACGAAAACGAAUUAACAGACAUCCCUAUAUACGGCACUGCUAUACAAAAAACAUCAGUCGAUUGGGAAUAUGUGACGGAACCACAAGAAAAUGCAUGUUUAGGUUUAAAGGGAAAUCAAUCCAGGUGGCCACGAGGCCUGGCUUUGGGUGGUUCCAGCGUUAUAAAUGGCAUGAUUUAUAUAAGAGGAAAUCUAAAAGAUUAUGACCAAUGGGCUGAAAAUGGUGCAGAAGGAUGGAGUGGGGAAGAUGUUUUUCCUUAUUUCCUUAAAUCUGAAGACAAUACGGAUAUUAACAACGUAGACAGUGGUUAUCAUAGUACUGGUGGCUAUCAAACUGUUUCAUCUGCACCAUAUGUUACUCCGUUAAGAACAGCAUUUUUACAAGCUGGAGAAAUGCUUGGAUAUCCCGUUAGAGAUGUCAAUGGAGCAAAACAAAUAGGUUUUGCCCCUAUACAAUCAUUUGCCAGAAAUGGAAGAAGGUGCAGUACCAAUAAAGCAUUUAUACAACCAAUAGAGAAAAAUCGUUCAAACUUAAGUAUUUUGCUCUUUUCUUUCGUUACCAAGAUCAUAUUCAACGAUUCAAAAAGAGCGGUAGCUGUUAAAUUCGAUCGUUUCAGCAGGACAUACAUCGUAAAAGCAAGAAAAGAAAUCAUUGUUUCAGCGGGAACUAUAAACACACCUCAGCUUUUAAUGCUUUCGGGUAUUGGUCCGAAAGAAGAGUUGGAAAAGUUUGAAAUUCCAGUUAUUUCAAAUCUUCCUGUUGGAUCAAAUCUUCAGGAUCAUAUUUUUUCUCCAGCCGAAUAUUUAAUUGACAAACCGGUGUCAAUUGUGGGAUACAGAGUUGCUAAUCCUUUUGUCGCUGCUGAAUAUUUUGUUGCAGGAAGAGGCCCGUGGACUCUAUACAUGGGAGUGGAAGCAGUUGCUUUCCUAAACACGAAAUACGCGAAUGCUUCCGAAGAUUAUCCUGAUGUACAAAUACACUUUGUUGCCGGCAGCACGAUUUCUGAUGGAGGCAAUUUUUUAAGAGAAGAUAAUGGAUAUACGGAUGAAGUAUGGACAAAAUACUAUGAACCAUUUUUAAAUAGAGACUCGUUUACUAUGUUUCCUGUUUUAAUACAUCCGAAAAGUCGAGGUUAUGUGAAAUUGAGAAAUACUGAUCCUUAUACGUAUCCAAUCAUUCAACCGAAUUAUUUAUCUCAUACUGAUGAUAUAGUAACACUUGUUAAUGCUGUGAAAAUAGUAAAAAAACUGACUGAAUUACAACCGCUGAAAGACUUUGGUGCACGACCAUUUCCAAAUUUGCUACCCGGCUGCGAAAAUUUUGAAAGAGAAAGCGAUGCUUACCUUGAAUGUAUGAUUCGAACUCUUACCAUCACCAUAUAUCAUCCUGUUGGAACAUGCAAGAUGGGUGCAGUUAAUGAUCCAACAGCUGUAGUUGAUCCACAGUUAAGGGUGAAGGGCGUAACUGGUCUGCGGGUUGUGGAUGCUUCUGUUAUGCCAAAUAUCGUCUCUGGUAAUACAAAUGCUCCGACUAUAAUGAUUGCAGAAAAAGCUUCGGAUAUGAUAUUGAAAAGCUAUCAAUUUCAACAGAGAAGUUCAUCUCAUGAUACGCUUCCUUUCGAAAUGACAUACCAUCUGUUGAGUUCGACUCAUCUGAGGAAGUUCGACAAGAAAAUCUGGGAUUCAAUUAUAAUUUCUCUAUCCGAUUUUACCAAAUUUGGGUGUGUCCAGAUACGUGAGAAAGAAGGACCAAAUGAUAGAAGAUCAGGGAGUUUGCCCAAUGCCCAAUUCGCUCUCCAGAAAGUUCUCCCCUCCCAAGAAGUCGCAAAAGAUUCCUCUCCUCUCGAUCAAGAUCUACCGACUUAUUUGUGCGCCCGAAGGAUUAUAUUGCAAGGACUUAGUGAACAUUUUGCGAGGGAAUGCAUCGAUGAAUGUUCUCUCACUAUAAUAUUUGAUAAAUUCAAGAGAGCAAGAGCCGUUACUUUUGAUCGCUUUGGUCAGACAUAUAUCGUAAAUGCAAGGAAAGAGAUAAUAAUAUCAGCAGGUGCGAUAAAUUCGCCUCAAUUACUAAUGUUAUCAGGCAUUGGUCAGCAAAAAGAUUUAGAGAAACUUCAAAUUCCUGUUAUUUCAGAUCUGCCAGUAGGUUUAAAUCUCCAGGAUCAUCCUUUCGUUUUGGGAACAAAUUCUUUAGUUGAUGUACCCGUUACUUCUGUUCUAUUGCGAUUUCUGAAUCCAAAGGACUUUUUUCGUUAUGUUUUUGUUGGAAGUGGACCGGGGAUUUUAUCUUCGGCAAUUGAAGCGGUUGCGUUUAUAAAAACUAAAUAUGCUAAUGCAUCUGACGAUUAUCCCGAUAUUCAAUAUAUUUUCUCAUCGGGAGGAUUGGCUUCCGACGGUGGCAAAGUUUUGAAAGAAAUAUAUGGAAUAAAAACAGAAGUAUAUAAUUCGUAUUUUAGACCAUUCGAUUUCGACGAUACAUUUACGAUAUUCACUGUUUUGUUACGACCAAAAAGUCGUGGAUAUGUAAAAUUGAGAAGCGCCAAUCCUUAUCAGUAUCCAAUAAUCCAACCGAAUUAUUUAUCUCAUCCUGAAGAUAUUUUGAGAUUAGUCAGUGGUAUACAGUCAGCAUUGCGUUUAGCCAAAUCGUUCCCCUUUAAAAAGUUAGGAUCUCGUUUAUUUCCUACUAAUUUGCCGGGUUGUAAAAGGUUUCGCAGAUUUAGCAAAGAACAAUUGGAAUGUUUUGCGCGAACUCUGACACUUACUUUAUAUCAUCCUGCGGGAACAUGCAAGAUGGGAGCAGUAAAUGACCCAACUACUGUUGUGGAUCCUGAAUUAAGGGUGAAAGGUGUUUCGGGUCUACGCGUAGUCGAUGCUUCUAUAAUGCCAAAUAUCGUCUCAGGAAAUCUCAAUGCACCUACCGUUAUGAUCGCUGAAAAGGCUGCAGAUAUGAUACUACAAAAAAGAUUUUGGCAUUAA